GGCAUCAGCAAAACAAGUCGCGCAUUGAGGACUGUGUGCACCAAUUUCUGAUAUGUUCGGAAUAAAAUAGCUAACACCGCGUUUAAUACGUCAAGGCACCGUAUCACUGAUAAAGAUAACUUGGAGUUGAAUCAUGUCUGACAGCCUGCGGAUCCUGGUCUCAUGGCGGCGGGUCGAGAACAACAAAGAAGUCUACUUCAAGAACGAUGGCCAGCGGUUUGCUUCGGACAGGACCAUCAAAAUGGCUGUCAAUACUGAUUACAAAGUAGAGAUCACGUUUAAACCUCCCAAGGUUCUUGAGUCCCUGGUUAUCCUCGGAGCCAACAUCCCUUUCGAUGAAGUCAAGAAAGAUAAUAUGCAAUGUGUUUACACCGGAAUCUGGUCGACCGUAGGUGUGGCUCUCAAGAAGAGGGGCCAGAGGCAUGAGGUGCCAAUUGAAAUGAAUGUGGAUAAUGCGGGUACGUUCAAAGAUGUGAUGCAAUGCAAGUUCUACAAGGAAACAGACAAGGACCACGUGGUGUGGGGCUCACCACUCAACUGUGUAGACUACGAAUGCAAGUUGUCGGAAUCGAGGACAUUCGUUGAUACGCGGAAGACAACAUUUCGGUAGCAGCCAGUCGGAAGGAGCACAUCGAUCAUACUGCCAGUAAUAGCAUUUUCAUCAACGCGGUCGAAAUUCAUCUCUUUCCUUCCAGCCGGAGUUUUAAGACUUACUGAUGUAUUGGCGAAUUAGAAGCCCUUUUUAAGCUUGUUUUGGGCCUCAGAGCUGGAAUGCAGGUUCUAAUUGGCCAAAGGUUUUUAAAAAAAUUGCUGGAGGGGAAGUGACGAGUAAUGAAAACAUAAGGGAGUUUUCGCAAAUCCCCCGAAACGCCAACGUGAACGCCUAUACCGUUGUUCGACCUCCUGAUGUCGAACAAUGGGAUAGGCGUUCGCUUAGGUGUUUCCGGGGAUAUGCGAAAACUCCCUAGUAUUCUGGCGGUGAAACCUGCGUCAUAACCAAUUUGGAAGUCCCCAACAACGAGUUGGACGUGUGGUAUGCUGGAGAGCUGUGCCUUGACAUCAGCAAGCUGUUAAUUAUAUCGCCAUCGUGCCGCCUGUGCAUGCAAAUACGCCGCAGCAUUGCUGGACUGUAGAAUCUCUUUCGUGAUUUAGCUUGUCACUUUCGUAUCAUUGGAUCUAUUUUGGUGCUAUAUACUCAAUUAUUUUGCAAAUGUUGUCGUGGGUGACUUUUAUACAAUCGUAUAUACAUACUGACUUUAUUUUUAGAGGUUUAAGAGUGUUGAUAUUGUGAUAAUGUCUGUAUUCUGAUCUAGAAAUAGCAGAUAGAUGGUACAUCUCGCAGAAUGAGGAGUCCGUCUUACCAAAGCUGAUUCCUUUUUGCGUUUUACGUCAUCAACUGCGCGGGGGUUUUCCACAAGUUUAUUCGUACUCCCUCGUAAAAAAUCUAUUCGUAAGCGCUCUCUCUCACUACAAAUUCAUCUUUUCUCGACAUAGAUUCAGGGCAUUUUCUUAUUGUUUCUUAACCUACAGAAGUAAGUCUGCGAAACGCUGAUACAUGUAGCCAGUUGUACUUUUGAUAGCAAGAACAAACGUAGGUUUUUUCGAACAGCCACAUUGUUGUAAGCUGGAUCCCAAUUACCUAAAUUGUUCUUCAGGAGAUGUAUGCAUCAAGAACCACGCAGGAGAAUUCAAUUGAUUAAUAAACAUUUUCACCUUCUAAAUUCUAAUCUUGUUCCAAAAAUCUAUCAUUUAUGGAUUAGCCGAGUGUAAUUCAACGCAACCACGCACAAUAAAACGAUAUGCAAUCUCAAUGAAAUGUAUCAAUUUAUAUCAAAGCAUGCAAUAUUUUUACAUGAUGUUACUCAAAAGCUACGUCCCCUAUUAGUCAUAAACCUAAUGUAUUCGAUGUAUUGGAUUGUAUCAUAAAUACAAAGCACAACAAAAGGAUCACUCCGCAAUGCGGAACUUGCUAAAGGAGUCUGCAAUAUCUUUUCUUCCAGAUCUUGUUUUGUAUGAUAAGUAAAAGCGUGAUCUUGUUUUGUACGAUAAGUAAAAGUGAGAUCUUGUUUUGUACGAUAAGUAAAAGCGAGAUCUUGUUUUGUACGAUAAGUAAAAGUGAGAUCUUGUUUUGUACGAUAAGUAAAAGCGAGAUCUUGUUUUGUACGAUAAGUAAAAGUGAGAUCUUGUUUUGUACGAUAAGUAAAUGCGAGAUCUUGUUUUGUAUGAUAAGUAAAAGUGAGAUCUUGUUUUGUACGAUAAGUAAAAGCGAGAUCUUGUUUUGUACGAUAAGUAAAAGUGAGAUCUUGUUUUGUACUAUAAGUAAAAGCGAGAUCUUGUUUUGUACGAUAAGUAAAAGUGAGAUCUUGUUUUGCACGAUAAGUAAAUGCGAGAUCUUGUUUUGUAUGAUAAGUAAAAGUGAGAUCUUGUUUUGUACGAUAAGUAAAAGCGAGAUCUUGUUUUGUACGAUAAGUAAAAGCGAGAUCUUGUUUUGUACGAUAAGUAAACGCGAGAUCUUGUUUUGUACGAUAAGUAAAUGCGAGAUCUUGUUUUGGAUGAUAAGUAAAUGCGAGAUCUUGUUUUGUACGAUAAGUGAAAGCGAGAUAUUGUUUUGUAUAAAGUAAAAGCCUGUACCAGUGAUAGUGCAAAUGUUGUUACAUGUACAUUCUAUCUGGAAGUUCUGGUAAAGAAACGUCAAAAGGACAGAUAUCCUGGUUUUUUGUCACCUGUAAAUGUCAAUAGGCAACAUAGUGGUAAGUUAUGUAACUUAUUCUGCAAGAACCAGUUUGUCCAACCAAGCAUGCAGAGUUGUACAUUUAUAGUAUGUGUUUAUGGUAGCAUGUAUCUCUGUAUGUGUGAUGGUACGUUGUCAACUGAACUGAAAUGGUCCAAAUAUCUCUUUUGCUUUAAAAUCAUAGUAUAGAGCUUAACAACUAGAUCACUGCACACAGCAGCCUGAUAUGGGCGACAUAUUAAACUCACUGGUAGUGUAACUAUAUAGUGUUCAAAUGUUGUUCAUCCACGCCGACCAGAGAACUGUGUCUUUCGUCUGUCUACAGAACAGGGGGGUAUCUAGUGGGGGUCAUCAAAAAAAUAUGUUUCUAAAUUUCAAAAAGUAUCAUUUUGCCCCCCCCGACCAAAAAACUAGCUACGCCCUUGCAGAUAGAAUUAAUAUGAAGACAUGAUACCAAUAUUAAUCUAGCACGAUGUUGCUCAGCUAACAGUGAAUGCUCAGUUUAUAGUUCAGCACUGAUUACCAUUAAAUUUGGCAAACUGUUCUUUGCAUUCCAUAAUAUGUGAUGUCCUAUACAAUAUAUUAAUAAGCACUACUGCAUUAUACAUUUCGUGCUUGUUCAUGCUCAUAUCAAAUGCAUUUAUGGCCAAUUUGAUAGCAAUGCAAGGUAGAGUGACUGCGCCAUCUUUGCAAAACCUUCGAUGUCGAAAGCGUCUUGUAGUCGCCGACGCAGCUUUGGAAAGAUGGCAAUACUGUCGAUUUUGACUGUUUCGUUUUAUAAUUAACGGUAUUACUAGAACAUAGGGUAACGUAGAGAAGUGUCAAUAAUUUGCUCACGGGACAUUCCAAGCACAGCUUAUAUUAGUAAAUAAAUAAAUGUUG